GAAACCUCUUUGUAGUUACAUAGCACCUUCACUUUCUUUCUUUUGUCCUUGCUUAUUUCUUCAAAAAAAAUUUAGUGAUCAAUUUUGUCAUCUUUAUAUAUAAUUUUCAGUGAUUUUAAAUACUCAUUUUAUACUUGUUUUCUUGUUUUGAAACACCCCAUUUAGUGCUUUGGCUUAAAUCUUUCCAAUUCCCCAAAAAAAAAAAUUGAAUCUUUAUGCAUUUUUGUCAUUGAGGAAUGAAUCUUUUGUCAUUCAAGAUUGAAUCUUUUUGCAUUUUUGUCACUAAAGAUUGAAUCUUUAUGCAUUUCUGUCAUUGAGGAAUGAAUCUUUUUUGCAUUUUUGUCACUAAAGAUUGAAUCUUUUUGCACUUUUGUCAUUGAAGUUUGAAUCAUUUUGCUCUUUUGGCAUUGAAAUUUGAAUCUGUUUGCAUUUUUAUCACUAAAGAUUGAAUCUUUUUGCUCUUUUGUCACUGAAGUUUGAGUCUUUUUACUCUGUUGUCACUAAACAUUGAAUCUUUUUUGCAAUUUGGUCACUAAAGAUUGAUCCCCAAAUGGAGAAAGUUAAAGUUUGGAAUAAAGAAAGUCUAAUUACUGAGCUUACUCAAGGGAAAGAGUUUGUAAACCAAUUUGAUCCUCUGGCUUCACCAGAGGAAAAUGAUUUUCUUCUUGAGAAAAUACUUUCCUCUAUAGACAAAUCAUUGUCAAUUUUGAAUUGUGAAGUUUAUAAUGGAACAAAUGAUCCUUUUCCUUUGAGGGAUCAAGGCCAAAAUAAGAAAAGAAAGAAAAUGCAGCAAUGGAGCAAACAAGUUAGAGUACAUGGGACAGAGCUUGAAAGUUUUAAUCAUGAUGAUGGUUAUAGUUGGAGAAAAUAUGGGCAAAAAAACAUUUUAGGAGCUAUUCAUCCAAGGGCUUAUUAUAGGUGCACUCACAGGAAUACACAAGGCUGCUUAGCAACAAAACAAGUUCAAAAAUCAGAACAAGAUCCUUUAGUCUUUGAUGUGACAUAUAAAGGAAUGCAUAGUUGCAAAACCUCACACUCAUCAACAUUCAUUUCAUAUGAAAAGCAAAAGCCAAAUCAGUGUCAAAUAAAGAAACAAAGAGUUGAAAACUUGAAUACAAUCAAAGAAGAAACUGUUCCUUUCACUCCACUACAAUGUGAAAGCCACAAUGCCCAAUGCUUUGUCAAUUCCAUAGAGCCACUUGCAUCAGAAUCCAUGUACUUAUCAUUGUUGCCAUAUCAAGAAGAGGAGUUUGAGAUGGACAAGAUUCUUCAGAGCUCAGAAUCGGAUCGUAUUGUGUUCAGCUCAACACCAACUUCAAUAAUUGAUUCGCCAUUUUCUAGAGAUUGGGAUUUAUCAGUGAAUGAUCAACUUGAUGUUCAUGAUCCUAACUUGAUGAUCGACAUUUCUGAAUAUUUCACCUAAUUUAAGAAUAGUAACAACGUCAGGAAUUUAUAAGAUGUCAGAGAGUCACCUAGAAUUGGGCCUUAUCGAAUGUUUUUUUUUUUUGUCUACACUAACUUGAGAGCCAACUCUUUGGAAAAGUCUACUUUUUGUACUAUUCUGUUUUUACUCCUAUGCCAAUUAUAAUAGAACUUUUUUUUGGCAA